UUCCUCUGUCAAACAUAGAAGAGAAAGCCUUGAAGGGAGUUUCAUUUCGUUACGUUAACAUUUCGGAAAGAAAGAGUGAAGAGUUGAGACUGGGAAAAUAUGGGUUCUAACAUGGAACUGACUGUUGCAGCAGGUCCGAGCCUCCAUCGAGUUGAGGGGAAAUUGAAUCAUAUGUCCGAGGAGUUCCAAAUGACCUAUGCCAAGUGGAGUGACAGAUUCCGCAACUAUCAUGCCACUUAUAUGCAGAAUUGUGCCGAUUUUGAGCACUAUCAGCAGAAGAGAGUCAAGAUGUCAGAGACGCUCUCAGACAUUGUGGCAACUCUAAAGGAUCUCUGUACCGAUCUGGACGAGCUGGGAACUCCACAAGAAGAGCCUCAAGAGGGAGAUGUUAAGACCAAAACAACAUUUUUGGAAAAGUAUUCAGAAAAGAGAUUAAAAGCUAAAUUGGAGAAAGAAACUGGAGACAUUAAGCCAGAGGAUGUGAGAAAGUCAGAGAAAUCGCGUUGUGUUAUAUCCUAGAUCUGGAAAUUAUAUAUUUUUUAAUUAUUUUCUAUUUGGUGUAUAAAGUUUUAAAAAAAUUAUCUGUGAGAAUAAAUCGAAUUCAGAACAAAGUAA